AUGGAGGCUGAAAAGGAGCGCUUUCCUAGACUAAGGCAAGUUCUGCUUCUCUUUGUUAUGCUGUCUCGGACUUGGGCGGAGCAGAAAGCUUACACUGUAGCGGAAGAAAUGGAGAGUGGUUCUUUUGUGGCAAAUCUAGCAAAGGACCUAGGGCUAGGGGUAAGAGAGUUGUCCUGGAGGGAGGCUCAGGUAAUUUUUAACAAUAAUAAAAAACAUUUUCAGCUGAACCUUCAUACUGGCGAUCUGCAAGUCAAUGAAAGACUUGAUCGGGAAGAACUCUGUGGCUCCACUGAGCCUUGUGUGCUGCAUUUCCAGGUGUUACUGAAAGAACCUUUGGAGGUAUAUAGGUUUAAACUUUUGGUCAGUGACAUAAAUGACAAUUCCCCUGUGUUCCCAGAAGCAGAAAUGAUUUUGAAAAUCAUGGAAAAUACUCCUCCAGGAACUGGGUUUCCCUUGAAAAAUGCACAAGACUUGGAUGUAGGCGUUAAUAACAUUCAAAAUUACACGAUCUACCCCAGCUCCCAUUUCCAUGUUCUCACCCACAAUGGUGGUGAAGGCAGAAAGUACCCUGAACUGGUUCUGGACAAAGCCCUUGAUAGAGAAGAGCAGACUGAGCUCAGGUUAACUCUCAGGGCAGUAGAUGGUGGAGAUCCUCCCAGAAGUGGGACCGCCCUGGUUCUCAUCGAUAUCCUGGAUAUCAAUGACAAUGCCCCUGAGUUUGCCCAGCCGCUCUAUCAAGUGCAGAUCUCGGAAAAUAGUCCGCUGGAAUCCGUUGUUGCCACUGUUUCCGCUAGAGAUUUAGACACGGGAAUAAAUGGCAAAAUACUUUACUCGUUUUUUUAUAUUGAUGAAGAGAUCUCCAAGACAUUUGCACUUAAUGAACUAACGGGAGAAAUUAAACUAAUUAGGAAAUUAGAUUUUGAAAAAAUUGAGUCAUAUAAGGUGGAUAUUAAAGCCUCUGAUGGGAUAGGUCUUUCGGGAAAAUGCACUGUCUUGAUACAGGUGGUGGAUAUCAAUGAUAACGCCCCUGAACUGACCAUAGUAUCGGUCCUAGACCCCAUCCCCGAAAAUUCCCCUGAGACCACGGUAGCUCUUUUUAGUAUUCAAGAUCCAGAUUCUGGGGAAAAUGGAAAAAUGAUUUGCUCAAUUCGGCAUGAUGUUCCAUUCAUGCUGGAACCUUCAGUUGAGAAUUUCUACAGGCUGGUAACACAGGGAGCGCUAGACAGAGAACUUACAGCUGAGUAUAACAUCACCAUCACAGUCACUGACUUAGGGACACCCAGGCUGAAAACUGAACAGAACAUAACAGUGCUGGUCUCCGAUGUCAAUGACAACGCCCCCGCCUUCACCCAAACCUCCUACACCCUGUUUGUCCGCGAAAACAACAGCCCCGCCCUGCACAUAGGCACCAUCAGCGCCACAGAUAGAGACUCAGGCACCAACGCCCAGGUCACCUACUCCCUGCUGCCACCUCAGGACCCGCACCUGCCCCUCGCCUCCCUGGUCUCCAUCAACUCAGACAACGGACACCUGUACGCCCUGAGGGCGCUGGACUUCGAGGCCCUGCAGGCGUUCGAGUUCCCCGUGGGCGCCACAGACCGAGGCUCCCCCGCGCUGAGCAGCGAGGCGCUGGUGCGCGUGGUGGUGGUGGACGCCAACGACAACUCGCCCUUCGUGCUGUACCCGCUGCAGAACGGCUCUGCGCCCUGCACCGAGCUGGUGCCCAGGGCGGCCGAGGCGGGCUACCUGGUGACCAAGGUGGUGGCGGUGGACGGCGACUCGGGCCAGAACGCCUGGCUGUCGUACCAGCUGCUCAAGGCCACGGAGCCCGGGCUGUUCAGCGUGUGGGCGCACAAUGGCGAGGUGCGCACCGCCAGGCUGCUGAGCGAGCGCGACGCGGCCAAGCACAGGCUGCUGGUGCUGGUGAAGGACAAUGGCGAGCCUCCGCUGUCUGCCAGCGUCACGCUGCACGUGCUGCUGGUGGACGGCUUCUCCCAGCCCUACCUGCUGCUCCCGGAGGCGGCGGCGGAGCAGGCCCAGGCCGACUCGCUCACCGUCUACCUGGUCAUCGCCUUGGCCUCAGUGUCCUCGCUCUUCCUGUUCUCGGUGCUGCUGUUCGUGGCAGUGAGGCUGUGCAGGAGGGACAGGGCGGCGUCUGCGGGUCGCUGCUCGGUGCCUGAGGGCCACUUUGCGGGCCACCUAGUGGAUGUCAGCGGUACUGGGACCCUGUCCCAGAGUUACCAGUAUGAGGUUUGUCUGAAAGGCGAUCAGGGGACCAGCGAGUUGAAAUUUCUGAAGUCUGUUACGCCUAACCAUCACGGUGCCAUGAAUGAGGUGGAGGAAAAAUCCAACUUUGUAAAUGGUUUUGGAUUCAAUUUGAAAUCUUUUGACUUUUCAGAGCAUUCAGGAUAAAGGUUAGUUAUUUCUCAAGAUAGUAGAUCUCCAUUAUGUUUUGUUUAUUGGUCCAUAUAGUAUUUGUUUUUGCUGAUUUCAUUUUCCUUGUUAGGGAGAUUAGAAAUUUUCUUUGAUUAUAUCUUCAUAUAUUCUCUCCUUCCUUUCUUUCUAAUUACUGAAUUUCAUGAAUAUUUGUUCAAUUUAUCAACUUUUCAGAGUCACAGGCACUUGAUUUGAGGAUGACCCCAGCCCCAUUCUCUGAUAAUUGUUCUGAAAUUUUUUCUAUAUUUUUGGUGUUUAGAAGAUUAGGAUAAUAAAGCAAUGAAUUAUUAGUGUACCUUCUCCUUA